AAGAAACUAAAUAGGGUUUCUUUUUUCUCUAAUAAAAGAAUAAUAAUUUCCUAAAAAAGAUAUAAAAGAAUGAGUAAAGAUGAUGUAAGGGAGAUAAUUAGGAACAUCGGAAGUACUAAUACUUGUUGUUCGAGCAAAAGCUUGUCCAUGGAAAUUUCGAUUGCAGAGGCGUCCUCCAAGUUUCCGGGAUUUCGAUUUUCACCCUCGGACGAGGAGUUGCUUCAGUACUAUCUCAAGAAGAAGCUUCAAGGGUCGGACGAGAGUGUUGAGGUUAUUCCCGAGGUUGAUAUAUGCAAACACGAGCCUUGGGAUCUGCCAGCACAAUCGAUCAUUCAAUCAGAUAGCGAGUGGUUCUUUUUUUCACCUCGAGGAAGAAAGUAUCCAAAUGGUUCUCAGAGCAAACGAGCAACGCAAUGUGGCUAUUGGAAAGCGACCGGAAAAGAAAGAAAUGUCAAAUGUGGUUCAUACAUAAUCGGUACAAAGAGAACUCUAGUAUUUCAUCUCGGUCGAGCUCCCAAGGGACAAAGAACCGAAUGGAUCAUGCACGAAUAUUCCACAAGUGAAAAAUCCGAGGAUAAUGCCAUGGUAGUUUGUCGAAUAAGGAAAAAUCAAGAUUUUCACUUGCACGAAACUACGAAGAGAAAUCGAGCUCAUAAUGAACGUUCGGCUGAAAAAAACGAGCUAGUGGAUAGCGGUGGUAGCAGUUACUCUGUCGAACAAGUGGAAAUUGCUACUGAUGAUGAAUCUGAUGAUAAUAAAGAAGGUGUUGAUGCUAAUGAGUUAGAACAUAUUGCAACUCAAUCCCCUCAUCAUCAUCAUGAGUUAUCAAGUUUAAAGAAGAGUGAUGCUGAAGAAGAUGAUUGUUAUUUUGAUAUAAUGAAAGAUAAUAUAGUUGAGCUUGAUGAAAAUGUCGAAGGACUAAACACAUCAAAACCCGAUGUGGGAUUUAACUACGCUUUCCAAGGAACAGCACAUCGUCGUCUGAGAUUACGAAGGGAAAGACCAAAAUCUGAACAAACCGAACAAAGUCAUAAAAUACCUAUUGGAAUAGCAAAAAUGUUGCAAGAACAAAGACAAGAGGAAAUGAAAGCUGAACAAACAGAGUCUUCAAAAACAGAGGAAUCAUAUUAUAGACCAUAUGUUAUGAUAAUGCUUAUGUUUGUGUUAGUUUUUGUAAUAGGAGUUAUGUUUUGGAAGGGACCAUGAUAUUAUUGAUUUUGUGAGUGAUAGUUAUGAAUAGUAAGAAUAAAAGUUUU